UACCCGUUAACCCAGAGCACGUUAUUGUCCGUGUCGGGCCGUCGGCAUGGCUCUGCAAGGCCCGGAGGAGCUGGGGGAGCAGGUCGAAGAGCCGGAGGAUCUGGACGACCAGGACGCUAGUAGCAUCUCCCCGGCCGAGGAGAUAACGCUGCCCCCCGGGCCUGGAGGCGACGAAGAGCCGGAGGAGGCUCUCCUCCUACCGUGGGACCGCUUCUCCGCCUGGUUGCACUGCAUCUGUGUGGUCGGCUUCGACUUGGAGCUGGGACAGGCGGUGGAGGUCAUUUAUCCUCAUCAUUCCAAACUGUCAGAGAAAGAGAAAACAAGCAUCUGCUACCUUUCCUUUCCGGACUCAAACUCAGGUUGCCUUGGCGACACCCAGUUCUGCUUCCGCUUCCGUCAGGGUUCCAACAGGAAGUCAUCGCUCGGCUGCUUCCUGGAGACCACCGACCGAGACGCACCACCCUGUCUGAAGAGGGAACAGGGACAUUACUACGGUUAUGUGUACUUCCGUCAGGUGCGAGACAAAUCUCUGAAGAGAGGAUACUUCCAGAAGUCUCUGGUCCUGAUCAGUAAACUGCCCUAUGUGACCUUCUUCCACUCGCUGUUGAAGAUCAUGGCUCCAGAAUACUUUGAGAAACAGGAGCCCUGUCUGGAAGCCGCUUGUAAUGACAUAGACCGCUGGCCGACACCCCAUCCCGGACGAAUCCUGACGCUGCCUAUUAUGGGCGUGGUCAUAAAGGUUCGAAUCCCGACCUGCUACGACAAACCAGGAACUUCACAGCUGGUGCAGUCCGCCCAGAGUGACAGUCUGGUGUCCAUCGUGCUCCCAACCAUCCAUGAAGUCGACCUCUUUAGGUGUUUCUACCCGGUCUUCUUCCACAUCCAGAUGCUGUGGGAGUUGGUGUUGCUGGGGGAGGCACUUGUCGUGAUGGCGCCGUCACCGGCAGAGUCAUCAGAUACUGUGCUGGCACUGGUCAGCUGCAUCUCUCCUCUACGUUACUGCAGUGACUUCCGGCCGUACUUCACCAUCCACGACAGUGAAUUCAAGGAGUACACCACCAGGACGCAGGCUCCGCCAUCGGUCAUUCUAGGAGUGACCAAUCCUUUUUUUGCUAAAACUCUUCAGCACUGGCCGCACAUCAUCCGCAUCGGAGACAUGAAGCAAGCAGGUGAGAUGGCGAAGCAGAUGAAAGUGAAGAAACUGAAAAACCUCAAAACUCUGGACUCUAAACCUGGUGUGUACACUGCAUAUAAACCGUAUCUAAACAAAGAUGAAGAAAUCAUCAAACAGCUUCAGAAGGGUGUUCAACAAAAGAGACCUUCAGCGGCCCAAAAUGCAAUUCUUCGACGCUACUUCUUAGAACUGACACAGAGCUUCAUCAUUCCACUGGAGCGGUACGUGGCCAGUCUGAUGCCUCUGCAGAAGUCCAUCAGUCCCUGGAAGAGUCCUCCUCAGCUCCGACCGUUCAUCCAGCAGGACUUCAUGAAGACACUGGAGAAAGCUGGACCUCAGCUCACAUCCAGACUGAAAGGAGACUGGAUAGGACUUUACAGGCAUUUCCUCAAGUCUCCCAACUUUGACGGCUGGUUCCGCAACAGGAGGCGAGAGAUGACCCAGAAACUGGAGGCUCUGCACCUCGAGGCGCUGUGUGAGGAGGAUCUGCAGCAGAGGAUCCAGAAGCACACAGAGGUGGAGACGGUGGAUCUGGUUCUGAAGCUGAAGGAUAAACUGAGUCAGGCGGAGAGGGAGCAGCUCCCGGUGCGUCCGGGGACCCUUCCCAAACUGAGGGCCCAUAUCGAUGCCGUCAUCCUGGCCCUACCAGAGGACCUUCAGGGCAUCCUCCACAAGCCCUCCACACCCUGACCUUUAACCUCCUGUCUGCAACUCCAACCCCAGUUUGAGCUUGUUUUAAAGUUUGGGGGGUAGUGGGCCUCCUCCCAGUUGGCUCCCAGGUUCAGGGGCCCCUGUUUACUCAGCCUGGGUUCCAGUUCGAGGACCCCUAGUUUGCUCUAACCAUGAAAGCACAUUGCAUCUUGCAUUUCCCCCCCCAAAAAAUAUCCAAAUUCAGUUAUAUUUACACCCCACCCCUAUCCCAACCAAACUGCUACUGCGGUGGCUCGGUGGACCAAGCGUGACGCUCAUGUCUCAGUGAUCAGGUGGUAUUGAGACCAGCUGGAGCAGGCCGCAGCUGCUCGUCGUAAACUCCUCGUUUAAACGAUGUGAGGAUGUUUUGUUUUUUUUUAUCACAGAGACAUUAUUAAACAAAGAUAAGAGCGUCGAGCAUCAACGAAAGUCCAUCUGAGCCCGUGGUGAACCUGUGUGCAGAAGGAUUGUCAUCACUGUGGAAGUAAGAGCAGGAAGAUGACCCCAGCUGACCU